CCGACAAAAGGGUGGGACGGGCCAAAUAAUUGCCGAAACGCUUCGAGUGAGACCUAUUGUGUUUAUUUACAAUGGGGUGCACUAAGUGGGGGUAGUUUUUGUAAUUGUUACCUCGGCAAAACUCACCCUGCACCAUCAGUUGUGGAUGCAACGUCUGUGUGGUAGCCACGCGAAAAUGUCUCGCUCAUUUUUAGUCGACACUCUGAUCAGUGACACGAAGGACUCGAAGAAAUCCGACAUGGCCAGCGACUCUUUCAAUCCAUACACAAGUUUAAUCGGCUCACACUUAGAUCCACGACCGAAGUUCUUGCCGUACCCAUAUCCGGGAAAUUUGAACAAUCUUCUAAGUUUCGGUCUGCAACAUCAAAGGUCACCGGAUCUGUUCAGGCCGUUUUUGGAGCAACUGCACUUCAGAUAUCCGAUGCUCCAUCAGCUGCCGCGUCAACCGGAAUUAGUGGAGAGCCAAAAUGAGCCGAGGCCUUUUGAUAGCUUUCUAAAAACCGAGGAUCAAGAGCCCGUGAAUUUCGUGAAUCGAAGGAAGAAGUCUGUAUCGCCAUACUUGCAUCACCCAUAUAAAACAAGUUCACCAUCUAAAAGUCAAGGUCAAAGAUCACCUUCUUUAUCAAGCGACAGCAGAAAUGGAACUCCCAGUCCACCGCUGGCUCAUCCAGAAGAACUUCUCCCGGGAUACUCAAAGGACUUGAAACGUUUACCUUUAAAAGAAGAUUCCAGUAAACGCAUCAGAACCGCAUUCACCGGCACUCAACUUCUAGAAUUAGAAAGAGAGUUCUCAAUGAACAUGUAUUUGUCGAGAUUGAGAAGAAUAGAGAUCGCCUCGCGACUGAAGCUAUCUGAGAAACAAGUGAAGAUUUGGUUCCAGAAUAGAAGAGUGAAGUUGAAGAAAGAAGAGUCCCCGUUGUCUUCUGCCGAAGGGAAAGUUAAAAAGUGCUGCUGCUCUAAGUCCUGUUCCAAGAACCAGGAGUCUUCGUGUGAGAAUGAACAGAUAGACGUUGUCAGUGAUGAAGGUUUUCAGUCGCGGCAUUUGUCACACUAUCAUUAGUUUAAGGAUAUAGGAAUUUAUUAAUUCGUUUACAGAAGCAAAAUCCUACAGUAGUUCAACUAGGUUUAUGGUAUGUUUAUUAAAUUGUCAAUGUUCAGAGAUCUAUUUGUUUGUGGUUUUAAAGAACACUAGCGCGAUAUACGUGCGCUUAUAUUCAAUUACUUCAUUAAAUUAAUUCUAUACUAUGAUAUUAAGAAAAGCCUGCGUUAUUUUGUACAUUCGCUCUGUCUCUUUUGGGAUUUUUUUAUGUUUACUGUGAGUGCAUAGGACAACAUCAUUGCAACCAUUUCUAGGUUCUAUUAAAUCUUUCUUACAAGAUGUUUCACAAAGCAGUUUUCAAAUUUGACAUUUCUUAAUAAUUAUUAUGAUGUUUUCCCAAUAUAACUCUAAAACAAAUGUAGCAGAUAGAGAGUAAUUAGUUCGCGGUAUUGAUAUUUUGUUUUUUGGUUUAGUAAUUAUUCGGUCAAUCUGUGGUAUGUGGUCUCAAGUAACUCCGUGUUGGCUUUUAACAGAAGUGAAAGAUAAAAUUAAUUGAGAUCAGGUUAUGUAAGAUUGUUACAAGUUAAUUAAUACUUCGACUUCAUCCGGCCUAACGUUGAGAUCGUCGAAAUACUCUGCUUAGGGUAUACUGAAAUUCAAACUAAAAAAAACUUUUUAAAUUGUAACAUUGAUUAGGAAUAGCAUGUAAUUUAUUGAACUUUAAAAU